AUGUCCCCAUUUAAGUUGGUGUAUGGCAAAGCGUGUCAUCUCCUAAUUGAGUUGGAGCACAAAGCCUAUUGGGCCAUCAAGAAGCUUCAUUUUGAUGCCCAAUUAGCUGGUGAACGAAGAUUAUUGGAGCUCAAUGAUAUGGAGGAGUUUAGGUCAUAUGCUUAUGAAAAUUCCAAGCUCUACAAGGAAAAGACUAAGAAGUGGCAUGAUCAAACCAUUUUUCCACGACAUUUUCAUAUUGGUCAAAAAGUGCUCCUCUACAACUCGAGAUUGAAACUUUUCCCAGGAAAGCUUAAGUCAAGAUGGUCUAGACCAUUUGAGGUGCACCAAGUCUAUCCCCAUAGAGCUGUAGACAUCAAGAAUCUGGAUGAUGGGACAAUUUUCAAAGUAAACGACCAAUGCUUGAAGCCACACACUGGAUCUCCCAUAAUGGGAGACAAGCCAACUCUUUACUUGCAGGAUGCCUGA